CUCACAGUUCCAGUUCCAGUAGUUACAGCGUCAAGCUCCUGUGCCAACCUGUUGGUUAGCGACACUUCUAACGUGAGUGGAAUAAUUCAGUCAAGUUUGACAUCGACAUACCCGAACAACAUCAACUGCCAAUGGCAUUUAUCAUCAAAUACAACACUGGAACUGGUCUUCUCCAUUUUCAAAACCAAAGCCUCUGAUUACCUUAGUGUGUACGAUGGCACGUCGGCCUCAUCGAAUCUCAUUGGCAGAUUCAGUGGAGAAAUUUUGCCUGGACCUUAUGCUCUCAGUACUACGAAUAAUCUUUAUUUGACGUUUUCAUCGAGUAGCGCAGGAUCAACGGAUUUUGGAUUCAGAGCUCGAUACCGAGGUGACUUACCAUAAAAUUAGUAUGUGUAAUCAAAUGGUGACGAGUGUAAUUAGGGAAUAAUUUCACGCGCGUUUUGUCCAAAUCGUAAUAAUUUCCCGAGCCUUUGUUUUAAAACUUCGUCGCCAUCUUGACACCGAGACGUACGGAAGGGUUGCCAUGGCAAUUUUGUAAUUUCACUUGUGAAAUUACAAAUUAACGCCGAAAUUUUGCGCCAAAAUUAAGGAGUAAUUCGUCACCUAUGAUAUUAGUAUAGGUAAUAGCACGAUUUGUAGUGAUAUUUGGCAUAAAUACCACGAGUGAUAUUUCGAAAUUGUUAUACGUAAUUUCACGAGCCGUUAGGCGAGUGAAAUUUGAGACAAUUUUUAUAUCACGUGCAAAUCAUGCUAUUAUUUGUUUAUACUACUACCCGCAAAAGGUUUGUAAUUUUCACAUGUAGGUAUUUCAAAUUAAGCUGAAAUACCACUGCUCUAAACCAAUCAAAUUGCAGAAAUUUCUAUGUAAAGUUCAAAUUCGAAUUAAUUUAUUUAAAUGCUCAUGGUUUUGCCUCUCUCCUCUGCAGAGGCCUCUUUGUGUCGAAGGGAGGCUGGGGAGAAGGAAAAGUGAAAGCGCGCGGGGUACUUGGGAUACCAGGCGGAAGGCUCAGUCUGUUAAGGAGACAGUGGGCGCUUUCCAAUCUAUACAACCAAAACUUUCGAAAAUUUGGAAACAGCGGCAAAUGUUACAGACAUUUUCCGGAAAAGUUUCCAGAGGUUCUGGAAACUGUUGAAUUUCCAAAAUGCGAACCAUUCAACCAAAAAUUCUAGAAAUUCAGGGAACAAAGUUGGAUUAGGAAGUACACCUCGAGAGGUUGUCCUCUUUUUUGGAAAUUUUGCAAAGUGCUGUUCUAUUCGCCACUGAAAGUUGUCGAAAAUUCAAACCGAACGUUUUGGUUGAAUGGAAAUUAAAGCGCCCAGUGGUGUUGCCACUUGGCUUGAUCAAAUGCGUUGUGAGAUUUGGAUGUGCUUUCACACGAUAACUUGUUUUGUUUAAUUUUUGUCAUUUGAUAUUCUUAGAGAUUUAACAAACAGUUAAAAGAUAGCAAAAAAUAAGGCCGUUUUUUUCCCGACGAUAUAUAAAGCGUGAUUUCCUUGAAACCUCUUUAACGUCUGGAUCGCUUGCUAAGCUUCCAUCGAGAUAUCGUGCUACAUGUGAAAGAAAUUUUUGAGGAGUAGCAUUUUUCAUAAGAAAACUUCCCGCAAGAUAAAGGUUGCUUGGUUUCUAGCCUGCAAGCAUGCUCUCUAUUAAAGAAGUCGCGUGAAGUCACGCGUGCAGUCAGCGAAAGGAGACGCUAGAGCGGGGAAAGCUCCUCGCGGUUUUGCCACUCGCCUGCGCGUUCUCGCUCGCGAGUCUUAAUGAAGAGCUUACUCGCAGGCCAUCCAGUUUCCUGUCAGAACGGCACUAAGAUCAAAUUAUAUAAUUAAUACAUCACAAAUAUGAUUUACAGGUAUAAACUUUAUCCGACCUGGAAAGCGUUAGUCUUCCUCGCAGCCGUUUUUUAGAUAAAAAACGGCUGCGAGGGAGACUAGUAAAGCGGAGCCCCUAGUAAAUCCUAACCCGUGAAACAAUUAACUUCGAAGUAACGCCUUCGACGAUAAAUAACUAAGAAUCUUAAGCAUGCGAACCAAUGUAUAAGUAUCAACUGAUCAUGUCUACUCAGCGGAUAACUAACCGAAGUCAAUGGAAAGUAUGAAGGUCUGUGGAUGCAGAUUCUGAACCAUUCUCGUCUCAGAGUUGCGACCUUUUUGGUCAAUGCCAGGACUGGGAUUGACCAAAAGGAUUGCAACUCUUAGAAAGAAAAAUUCUUCGGAAUCUGAGAGCUGUCAACUGACUUAGUUCUGGAUGGCGUUUAUAACUCUAUAAUAGAAUGACAGUAUCACAAUUUUCUCAUUUCAGUAUUGUCGCUUUAAUUGUGUGACUUUUCACAUUGAUUUAUAUGACCUGAUUAGCGGUCGGUCGUGCAGUCACCUGAAAAGCGACUUUGUUCGUAUCGGUAGGUUAUCAGAUUUUUAUCAUCAACAGGGCUGCGCACGCACAACGCUCCGCUUUGAUUUUUUACUCUUUGUAUCUUUCUCUGUUGCUAAUUUUUUUACCAAUCGUUUUAUCUCCUGUGCCGGAAAAUUCAGCUAUCACUACUGGUUCCCUUCGUAUAAACAGCAGCACACUAUCAACCGGCAGAGUAGAAGUCUUCUAUAACAACCAGUGGGGCACAAUUUGCGAUGAUAUUUGGGAUUUGAAUGACGCUAACGUGGUUUGCCGGCAGCUUGGUUUCCCAAAAGCGUCCCAAUUCUUUCAACGGGCCCAACAUGGGCAGGGUUCUGGACCGAUUUGGAUGGAUAAUUUGGCGUGCUUAGGAAAUGAAACGCAUAUCUACCAUUGCAGCCAUAAUGGAUGGGGAAAGGAGAAUUGUGGUCAUUCUGAAGACGCCAGUGUAGAGUGUUUCCCAAUCCGUCUUGCAGGGGGAGGACAAAAUUAUGGUCGCGUUGAGGUUUUUUAUAAAGGGAUCUGGGGUACAGUUUGUGAUGAUCUCUGGGAUCUCAAUGAUGCUGGAGUGGUUUGUCGCCAACUUGGUUUCCGCAACGCCUCCUCUGCGCCACACGGUGCANUUUAGUGAAAACAAUGGUUUGGUGAAAGAAUGAAACAAAGGUUUGGGUUGGUGCUCAGUCUCGUGGGCUCAUAAUACCUAGUCUCGGUCAUUCUUAUUUAAGGAUUUUUCUUUUGUUGUCUGGGUAAGUGUGACUUUUCACAUUGGCUUAUAUGACCCGAUCAGCGGCCGGUCAUGCAGUCACGUGAUAAAUUCAAACCGAUAAGUAUAGGUAAUCAGAUUUUUAUCAUCAACAGGGCUCUGCACGGACAACGCUCCACUUUGAUAUAUAUAUAUUUUUUUUCACUCUCUAUAUCUUUCUCUGUUUUUAAUUUUUGUUUAAAAUCAUUUUAUCUCCUGUACCGGAAAAAUAAGCUAUCACUACUGGUUCCCUUCGUAUAAAAAGCAGCACACUAUCAACCGGCAGAGUAGAAGUCUUCUAUAACAACGAGUGGGGCACUAUUUGCGAUGAUCUUUGGGAUCUGAAUGACGCUAACGUGGUUUGCAGGCAGCUUGGUUUCCCAAAAGCGUCUCAAUUCUUUGGAAAGGCCCUACAUGGGCAGGGUUCUGGACAGAUUUGGAUGGAUGAUUUGGCGUGCUUAGGAAAUGAAACGCAUAUCUACCAUUGCAGCCAUAAUGGAUGGGGAAAGGAGAAUUGUGGUCAUUCUGAAGACGCCAGUGUAGAGUGUUUCCCAAUCCGUCUUGCAGGGGGAGGACAAAAUUAUGGUCGCGUUGAGGUUUUUUAUAAAGGGAUCUGGGGUACAGUUUGUGAUGAUGCCUGGGAUCUCAAUGAUGCUCAAGUGGUUUGUCGCCAACUUGGUUUCCGCAACGCCUCCUCUGCGCCACACGGUGCAAAAUACGGUCACGGAUCUGAUCCUAUCUGGUUGGAUGAUGUCGGCUGCAAGGGAGAAGAGGCUUCGCUGUUUAACUGCUCACAUGCAGGAUGGGGUAUUGAGAACUGUAGUCAUGGCGAGGAUGCCAGUGUAGUUUGCACGAACUAA